AUACAGUACCAAAUGUAUACUCAAAUCCAAUGCUUUGCCAUCUUGAAGCAACUCAUGUAAUUUAUUAAGAAUAGAAAAUGUCCCUCUUAAACACUAUCAGUAGAGUCAAAAGGCCCAGUAGAGUCAAAAGUGUUUUUCCUGUUUUUUAUGUUUAUAUCCACUAUGAGGUUGGAAUAAUACAUGCCUUUUUAGUGUAAGAGGUGCUUGAAAAGACUGCCUGAAAUUUCAGCCUGUUUUGGUGGGAUGGAGUUUUGGCCUGCUUGAUGUCAUCACCAUCAUUGGUUAAUGGAGUUCCAAACCUCUCUGCCAAUAACAGCUAGUUUUCCCCUCCCACUCAGAACAUUCCCAGACAGUCCGAGCAAAAUUCUUGCUUGAGAAAUUGCUCUUUGCUAAGAUUAUAUAUUUUUAUUAUUUUUGACAAUUUAUAUUGAAAACAAUCACAGUAAGGUACUUAAUUGUUAGCUAGAAAUGAUUUGAUAUUGAGAUAAAAACAGCUGCUUUGGUAGUUUAAAAUGUCCCACAAACUUGGCUUAAACAGGUGUAACCGUUUUUUUAUUUGUCUGGUCACACUGUCCAAACAUUGCCUCCAAAUAACAUAUGUUUGAUUAUAAUUAUCACAUGAAUAUUGCAUUAUGGUCACAUUAUUAAAUUGCAAAAGUAAAGUAAACAAGUGAAUUGUCAUUCGUUGAAAGUGGAGAAUAGAGUAGCCAUUCACUUCAACCUGAAGUUUCCAGCCAAGUAUUUGCAUAAUUUACCGCGCAUCCAUCCUGUCAUGGCUGGAAGGAUCCAGUUUUUGUCAAAAUAACGUCAGAUUUGACUUUUCGUAGAAGGUUAAGAAAAGGGUUACUUAGGGUUAGUUUAAAUCUCCACCCACCAAAAAAAUCUACCGUUGACGUUAAUUUGACAAAAACUGGAUCCCUUCUAUAUCAUCCAUCCACCUGGUUCCCAUCGUUACCGGUAAGAAUAUAAACAAAAGAGGGAACAUGGCGGCACUGGAUGCAGGUAAAAUUAUUAGCGUCCACCCAUUGCGUUUUUAUCUAUUAGCGUCAAUUAAAAAUGUCCAAUCUUAUCUCUGAAUUUAUAGCUCCCCUGCGGUGCGUUGCCUUUGGCAGCUGCCAGGAACGGAAGUUGUUUCCGACCCACUGUGCACCUAACCGGCUGGGCAAUAAGCUCUCACUUGAGGGAGCCCCACACCGUGGCCCCGGCUGCUAUGACAAUCAUGUUGGUACCAUUCUAUAUGAUGUACAGAAGAGACCUGAGAGUAAGAAAGGAUACACUCUUGCUGCAAGGACGUCUGCACGGUUUCUGCCCUGUGCUCAGACAAUCACUCCUUCCCCUCAGAGGUAUCAGCAGGACAGAACCUGGUCUAAAGUAUACCCUCCUGGCAGAAUCCCCUUCAGCUCCACCACAAAGAGGUUCAGGACCAAGCCUGUUACAGCUGACUUCAAACCAGGCCCAGGGACAUAUGCUCAUGAUACUACUCUGAACCAGAAGGUGUCAUGGCCUAUGAAAUUUGGUUCCCCAGACUGGGGUAGACUGCCCACAUUAGAGAGGAAAGCCUUGAGGACAGAGCUGCUUUGUGACAAGGAGUUUGUGAAGCAAAGAAGUCGGGUGGCAUAUCUACAGUUGUUCUACUCCUGACUCUUCUGGAGAACAAUCUGAUGUAAGCAUAAAUAAAGUGAUUUUAUUUCUCAGCUUUAAUAUAGCCUCACAAUUGACCAAUAUCUGAAGGUAUAUGAAGUGGGGAGUGAAGUUGCCCAAUUCUUGCCUCAUGUAUGCUGAACAAAAAUCUAAAUGUAACAUGCAACAAUUUCAAAUAAUUUUCAGUUACAGUUCAUAUAAGGAACUAGUACAUUUCAAAUAAAUAAGGCCCUAAUCUAUGGAUUUCACGACUGGGAAUACAGAUGUGCAUCUGUUCAGAUACCUUAAAGGUAGGGGCGUGGAUCAGAAAACCAGUCAGUAUCUGGUGUGACUACCAUUUGUCUCGUGCAGCGCAUAGUUGAUCAGGCUGUUGAUUGUGGCCUGUGGAAUGUUGCCCCACUCUUCUUCAAUGGCAGUAUCACACCAGAUACUAAAGUUGUUGCUGGAUAUUGGCGAGAACUGGAACACGCUGACAUACACAUCGAUCCAGAGCCUCCCAAACAUGCUCAAUGGGUGACAUUUCUGGUGAGUAUGCAGGCCAUGGAAGAACUGGGACAUGUUUUAUUUCAGAUCAUGAAACAAGGGACCAACACUUUACAUGUUGCGUUUAUUUUUUUGUUCAGUGUAUAUUUGGCGAUAGGCUAAAAUGUGUCAUUUGGGUAAAUUAAUGUUAAAAUUACAAAUCAAAACAUUUUAUUUCCUGUUCAUUAUUCACAAACGACUGAAAUCAUAAUUCGGAAAUGGGUAAAAAUAACAUUUUAGCAAAUGUUACAUUUACUUUCACGACAGAACCAUUCCACAAAUUUGAAAAAUAUUACAUUUAGCAAAUGUCUGUUUUCUCAUGAAUGUAACUGGUGAAGGGUGUCAUAAUGAGCAGUAUUUGCCAUGUAGGAAGUUGAGAGGUUGGAGUCCCUGACCUCAGAUGUCCACGUGGGUCCACUUCUCAGAAGCACAGAGCUGUUGACUGCUUCUUACAAUUCACUCUUCGUUGUGGCUGACAGAAGUCCAAAUUAGUAGCUAAGUGUAGUAAACUCUCACUUCUUCCUCCUCACUUUGGGUUUCUUGACUGGCCUCAAGUAUGGGUUGUCAAUCAUGUUUUCUUCACUGACCUUCACCAAGGGAACCACGCCCCCAGCAAGAAGCACGGAAUUCUCCUUAUCAGCUCCAGGAUCAUCCUAAAUUUGAUUAAAGGCAUAGAUGAGGAAAACAAACUUAAUUUCACAAAUGUUUUUUUUUGUAGCAAUCAACACACCAGGUACAUUUUAAUAUAGAUUUGCUCUUAACAAUGAAUGGCUUUGUAAACACCCUCAUUAGGAGGGCCUUGAUUAUUCUAUUGAAGUUCAUUCUGUAUAGGCCAAACCACAUUGCACUGCAGAUCAUAAAGACUCAAGGUUGAAUAUUUCCUUUGGCCCAUGUCCCUGACUCACAUUGAGGUUGUUGACUGGCGUGUUCUCGCUGUCGGUCUGAUCGUCCUGUUCAGAGGAGUCUGUCUCCUCCAGAGUCUGCAGCUCCAGUUCUGAGGGCAGCAGGGCACUGAGAUACGGGAUGGAGCUGGGCCGCUCUGCGAUCACUGGCAACCACAAAGGCAUCAGUAUUAUUACCCAUGUAAACACAGGUACCCAACACUCUCUAGUAGGAAAUAAGAUCAACGGGAACAGAACUUCUGUUCCAUAUUAGAAGCAUUUUUGUGCAGAUUAUUCAAUUCAACAGCAUGAAUGAGAAUCAUGCUUGACAACAACAACGAGCACUCGCUCACAUGGGAAGGCAGUGACAUCAUCCUUGAAGAGGCUCUGUGUUUCUCCAGUCUUGGCCAUGAAGCGUGUGAGUGCUCGCUCUACAUCUCUUCUCUGAGAAGCUGCCUUCUCUCGCACCACCUGGUAAUCUGACACAGGCUCCCGAAACGUCUGAUAGAAAGACAACCAGGGAAACUCACCAAUUUGUUCAUCUUAAUCUUUUCACUAGACCACUCGGAAAAGUGUCAGUAUAUAAAUACUUUGUCAAGUAUGUUUCUGGCUUGGAAAACGGUAAGAAGUGUGGUUGACUCACUGGAGUUUUGAUGUAAGUGUGAGGAUCGGGGAACUCCGGGAAGUGGCUGGGGAUGUGGGAGGGAUGAGUGCGUUUCUGUCCAGCAAUCAAGGCCUUUGGGAUCACAGGAGCAUUCGUCACUGGAGCUGAAAAAUACACACAGAUUGCCAGUUAAGCGUCUUUCUACUUUCAUUCUAAGACCAGUUACUAGCUUUCUCUAUAGUGUUCUUGUGUUUUGUCCUCAGUUGUAGUCUAAAUCAAAUUGUAUUGGUCACAUACACAUAUUUAGCAGAUGUUAUUGCGGGUGUAGCGAAAUGCUUGUGUUCCUAGCUCCAACAGUGCAGUAGUAUCUAACAAUUCACAACAAUACACAAAUCUAAAAGUAAAAGAAUGGAAUUAAGAAAUGUAAAUAUUAGGAGAAGCAAUGUCGGGAGUGGCAUUGAGUAAAAUACAGUAGAAUAGAAUACAGUAUAUACAUAUGAGAUGAGUAAAGCACUAUGUAAACAUUAUUACAGUGACUAGUGUGCCAUUAUUAAUGUGGUCAGUGAUUCCAUGUCUAUGUAUAUAGGGCAGCAGCCUCUUCGGAGCAGGGUAAAUACCAGCCUCUUGAGGGUCUACUAACAGUAAAGACUCACGAGCAGUUAUAACCAUCCUCUGUGAUCUCUUGGCAUACCCUGGCAGAGUGUCCACAUUGAAACCUGUGGUGGUACGUGAAACAAAUAAGUUAAUGAAGACAAAUUAAAUAGAGAUUUCAUAUUCAAGCUAGGGCUGGGCGAUAUGGCCCAAAUAUUAUAUCAUGGUAUUUAAAACUGUUUUUUUUUUUUUACGGUAUGAUGGUAUUUUUAGUUUAUGAAUAAUACAAGUUCUACAUUUGCUUUAUGAGUAGUGAGUGAUCCUAGGGUGGCAACGCAUACAUUAAGUGAUUUCAAUGAGUCUUUCUCCAUUGAUUGUGUUAUACUGUUCAAUUAAACCAAAACAAAUUUCAGCACUUAUCAUUUCUGUAUUUCCUGCACUCAAUUG